CACAGGUUCUAGAUCAUUCUGAAACAAACAGCCACUACAAAAUGGCGAUAAGAUAACAAGGAAUUUGUGAAAGUAUUUCGUUAAGGAUUGUAAUCGUUACAUAAUACAUAAAAUAGUAAAAAGGUAUUUGAAUACGUCGUCUGUGUCUUUUACAUAAUGGGAUAAUAAUAAUCAAAGUGUAAGCGAAGAUGGCACACACCGAAAUGCACAAUAUUCAUCACGGCCAUCAUAUUACUAUUUUGGUCUAAGUCUAAACAAGAAAUAGGACUAGAAAGGACGAACAAAAUUAUACGACAAAGGAGGUUAGCCUCUCGGCCUAAGCCUAUCAAACAUCUACACGAAUUUCUGUUGUGUGUGUAUUGUAUGUAUGGAUCUAGACUCUAGUCAAAUUUCAAAUGGAUUCUACGCAUGAUGUCAAAAUAUUUUUCAAUCAACAGUGCCAGUGGUCAAUAACUAGAAUGAACAUCAUUGUCAUGCCCUGUAGUUGUGUUGAUAUCACGGUUGUGUGCUAGCCUAAACAUUUAUUGUUAUUAUUCGUACUUGGAAUAUAUUCUGAUAAUCUUGUAGCCCGCAAAAUCAUUUAAUAGAACAAUGGAGAAGUAUGACAGAAUCAGUAAAAUAGGUGAAGGAUCCUAUGGAUUGGUUUUUAAGUGUCGAAAUAAAGAAACUGGACAGCUCGUUGCAAUAAAGAAGUUUGUGGAAUCGGAAGAUGAUCCUUUAAUUCGUAAAAUAGCGAUGAGGGAAAUACGAAUGUUGAAGCAAUUAAAACACAACAAUCUUGUCAACUUACUAGAAGUAUUUAGACGGAGACGACGACUUCAUCUUGUGUUUGAGUAUGUUGAUCAUACAGCGUUACAUGAAUUGGAUCUUCAUCCUAGUGGUGUUGGGGAAUCAACCACGAUGACGGUUGUUUACCAGACAUUAUUAGCAGUCAAUUUUUGUCAUCAACAUAAUGCCAUACAUAGAGAUGUCAAACCAGAAAAUAUCCUAAUAACCAGAAGUGGUCAAGUCAAGUUGUGUGACUUUGGUUUUGCCAGAAUGCUGACAGGUCCUGGCGAUGAGUACACCGAUUACGUGGCAACUAGAUGGUAUAGAGCACCAGAAUUAUUAGUCGGAGAUACGCAAUAUGGUCCUUCUGUAGAUGUGUGGGCUAUUGGAUGUGUUUUUUCAGAGUUAAAGACGGGUCAAGCCCUAUGGCCGGGAAGAUCUGAUUUAGAUCAGUUAUAUCUAAUAAGAAAAACUUUAGGUGACCUAACACCUCGACACAUGGAUAUAUUUUCUAGCAAUGCAUUUUUUAAGGGCAUGAUAAUACCAAAUCCAGAAAGAAUGGAGCCUUUAGAAGAAAAAUUUUCCAACUUUAGUCCAAAUGCCCUAUCUUUUUUGAAUGAUUGUCUCAAGAUGGAUCCCCAAGAUAGAGCUACAUGCAAACAGUUACUACAACAUCCAUACCUAGAAAAAAUGAGGGAGAAAGACCCAACAGCUCAGAAAGAGUUACACUCCUUUCGUAAGAAGGAUUACAGUUCUCGAUUUAGCAAUACACAAGCAUAUCAACAAUUACCGCAGUUAAAGCCACCGCCUGUAUCUACAUCACCAGUUCCUAACAAUCCACAGAAACAGAAACAGAAGUCAACACACUACAAGAGUCACCUCCUGCCUAACAUCUGACUCUUUGGCCAAGGAGUUUUGCGCCACGAACAAAAGUAAUGCACACCCACAAUGUGCAUGUAAUGCACAAGCAAUUUGAGGACACUUUAAAUUGUUACCUAUUGUAGGAAAUUAUUCCACAUUAAUUCAUUCCAAAGUCAUUGUCUCGAAGAUGUGAUAACUAGAUUAUCUUAGUCAGCUCGUCUUGUUUUACUAUUAAAAGAUAUAUUCCUUUGUCACUUUGAUGAUAUUAAAGUCAUCAAUGGUUAUCUCAGAAAUUUUUUCUAAUAAACAGGAAAAAUCUAAUCAUAGUACCUAUGGUAUUUAUUAAGUACAUUGUUGUAUGUCAAUCUGAUUAAAACACAGAUCCUAUUUUGCUUCGUUUUUUAUAGUUCAAAAUUUCGUUUUACUUGUCUUUACUACACUGGGAUCUGGAAGAAUUGUUAUAUAAUCGGUGUUCUGGAUGAUGUGAGGGAUUAGCCAAUGAAACGGUCUGUUACGGCGAGUUUUUGGCGUAAGUUGCACGGAACUGUGGGUAACCUGCUAGAAACAUUAAUGCUGGUUGGUUAAUCAAAUGUCUGACGUCAUUGGGUCAAAAGUCGCUCUUAUGACCUCUGACGCGACCACCCACUACAACUUGUCAGAUCUUCAUGUAGUAGAGUCGAUCGAAAGUAUAAAAAAACGAAACGAAAUAUAGAACUGUAGUUUAAUCAGAUUAAUUGUAUGUAAGUAAGUAGGGUAUUCCUUUUCUAACCUCAAAGUUGGCCAGCUGAAUACAUGCGAUAUGUUACUUAUAGCCACCACCUUGGCCUGGCUGUUACAUAUAGUGACUUACCAGACAACAAAAAUGGCGGCUACUUUCAAACCAUUUUACCUCAUUUGUACCUCAAAAUCCAACCACUACAAAACUCUACAUAGCAUUUGUUUGUGAAAUGAAAUGGGGUUUAACGUCCUACUGUUUUGCUCCAAACUGGGCUAAUGAAGACGGGGCAUUUGUUUGUACUUGGCAUCAUAUAAACUUCAAUGCCAUCAGUGGGCGAUAGUAAUCUAAUUCCAGUCCAUCCCAUUUAUCAAAGGAAAGUAAAUGAAAUGAAAUGGGGUUUAACGUUCUACUGUUCUGCUCCUAAACUGGCUAAUGAAGACGGGCAUACGCCAUACAGUGUGCUAUGAGGGAAAUUUUGCCCGGGCAGGGGCACUACAGCCUACUCUUAUAUGGAAUUCCAACUGCCAAGGGAUCAUUUACCUGCACGCCAAUAUGUACACAGGACCUCGGUUUUUCGUCCCAUCUGAAUGACUAGACAGCUGCCCUUGUCAGGCCCUCCAUCCUGCAGCACUGACAAGCAGGAACCAUGUCGGAAAAUCUGGGUGAACUUUCUCGGUCAAAGCAGGGAUCGAACACCUGAGCUCCAGGCUAGCGAGCCAGCGUCUUACCCACUUAGCCAUCGUGAUUUAUCAAAGGAAUGUAACUUUAAUUGAUAGCCUUUAUUUUAACUUAAUUAUUAUUGACUAAAGAAAGUAUAUAUUGAAUAUUUUCAACUGUCCAUUAAUUCUAAUAAUUUCACACAGACGAGUUUAUUGGAACACCAAAUGUAGUAAAACUCUUAUUAUAUGGGUAAAAAUAUUUUAUUAGUAUAAUUGUUCUGUCAAAUGUAAUUUUUACUUGACUACGUACUCUUAAUCUUUAAAAACUAAAUUAAUUUUGAACCGUCCAUUAGCUAUAUUAAUGUUAAAGAUCAUACAUUAUGAGAGAUUAGAUAAAGAGCUGGCAGUUCUCACUAUUAUAGUUAAAAACUAGAUAAUGUAAAGGGAAUUUGCUGAAAAUUUUAGUCAAAUUGAUCCACUCUGAAACAAGAAUUUAGCGAUAGAAUUGUCGGCCUAGCCUCGAUCAUCAUUACUAACGUUGGUACGAUAAAAAAACAUAGUCUCAAUUAUUCAUUUCAUGAUUAAAUCACGAAAGAAAAUUGAGCAGUAAAUUGGAUCUUAAUCCAAUAAAUAUCGCAAGCUAACAAUGACAUCGAGAGUUGAUUAUACUGGAUAAGUUAAUUAAAGUCUAAUUAAUAAUUGAGACAACAUUUCAGGCCUAAAGAAAGGCCUACAAUAGACAGUUCUAGCUCUUGCAUAAUGUAUGUUUAAACGUCCAUUAUAUCUAAACUAAUAAUUUCAGCCGUCCAUCAUCUAGUAAUUUCACACAAGAUAAAACUUUUUUUGAAACACUUAUACAUGUUAAACUAUUAUAUCCAGUAUAAAAUUUAAAGUAUUUUAUUUAUAAUCCCUCUAUAUAAAAUGUAAGUUUUGCUUUUUGCUAGACUGUUAGAAUUGUUUAAAAAUAAAUUAAUAAUUUCAAUGGUCCAUUAGCUCUAUUAAAUUUUAAUCUCCUUUAGAUCAAAGCUAUUAAUUUCACCUGCCCAUUAUUUGUUUAUUUUCACAUUAGAUAAUUUUUUUUUGAAACAUCCAUAAAUGUGUAAACUUUAAGUAUAUGAAGUACAUGUAUCUUAUGUAAAGUAUUUUAUUCUUGUUGUAAAAUGAAAUUUUGACCUAACUUAAAGAGGCAUUAGUGCUUAGUUCAGUAAAAAAAAAAAAGGUUUUCUUUGACAUGAUUUAACUAUAAGCUCACAUAUGUACAUGUACUCGAAUGCAGUAUACAAUUUGAACAAUUGGUCAAGAUUUUGAACGAACCUGUAUGCUAAAAAAAACAUUUCUCAAAGUGGGUAAGUGUUUGAAUUUUCAACAAUUUUUACAAUUCUUGUUGAAAGUAAUAAUGCCUCUUUAAAAAGUGAAUUGGAGUAUUUUCAAUCGUCUGUUAGAUCUAUUAAUUCUAAACCGUCCAAUAUCUAUUAAUUCAAUUUAUUUUGGAACACCCAUAGUAUAACUGUUAUUUAAUAUUAAAAAGAAUUUUAUUAGUGUAAUCCGUCUGUAAAAUGGAAAUGUAACUGAGACGCAAUGAGAACACGGCACUUUAUAAAUGUAUGAUUGUAUCAUGAUUUUAUGGUGUAGUGUAGACAAAGGGGUAUAAAGUACAUGUACAUGUAUGGCUUUUAAAAUGCAAAGAUCAGUUUUUCAGUUGAGACCUGAAUACCAAAAACAUGCCAAUGUAUUAAUUCGAGGCAGCUUGAGUACCAGAGCUGUCGCCCAAUGGAUGGGAUGCUAUUACAGUACCAUUCAGUGACUGGCCUAUUGUUUCCAGCAAAUAGGAUGUGCAAGAUAUCAGCCAUGGCUUGGACAGCAAGGUGCGACAAGACCAAACAUUAUCUGACAAAAUCCAAAAGAUCCUUCGCUGCCAGCUUCCUGUAAUGCUGUCUUGCAAUGGGUGCACAUUGGUUUAUCAGCGCCAACACUGUUUGUGGCCAUCUAUGCUCUGCCAUAUGGCCUUAGUCAAACCAUUUUGACUCAAUGCUGUUAAUUAAUUUUGAUUUUUUAACCCUUGUGCCUACCCUUCACUGUAAAAUAAAUAUCCAGUGUGCAAUCUUUCCAAAAUUCAUAUUUCAGCGGCAUUAUGUCUGGCCCGCACUUAAUGUCAAAUCAGUGUGGCGUUUUCGUUGUGUCUCAUUAUAUUAUUCUUAUACUUGAUAAUGUUAUUGUAGGUCUAUUAUCAAUGUUCAGUAAUUGUUGUAUUGUUAUUGCUCUUACUUUAUUUAUGUAUCGUAUGCCGUCCUUUCCUUAAAUGGAUGUUUUUGUAUAAUAAAUCUUAUCUUAUCGUA